AUGCCAUGCCAAAACGAUGGAGAAUGUGUCAAUCAAAUUAACAAAUAUUCCUGUAACUGCAUCGCUGGAUUUACUGGAACUGACUGUCAAACUAAUAUUAAUGAAUGCAUAAGCAGUCCAUGUCAAAAUGGUGGAACAUGCCAAGAUUUAAUCAAUGGCUAUAAUUGUACUUGCGUACCUGGUUAUGCAGGAAAUGAAUGUCAAACUAAUAUCAACGAAUGCGAAAGUGGCCCAUGUUUAAAUGAUGGCAUAUGCAACGAUCUAAUCGAUCAAUAUGACUGUUCAUGCUUACCUGGCUAUACUGGAUACGAUUGUGAAACAGAAAUUGAUGAAUGCAAUAGUAAUCCUUGCCAAAAUCAAGCUACUUGUCACAAUCUCGUCAAUCGAUAUAACUGCACUUGCUUGCCAGGAUUUUUGGGAACAAACUGCCAAAUUGACUAUAAUGAAUGCAAUUCACUGCCUUGCCUGAACGGUGGUCAGUGUCAUGAUCAUGUUAAUAAAUAUAAUUGUUCAUGCUUACCUGGUUAUACUGGAUAUCAAUGUGAAACAGAUAUCAACGAAUGUAAUAGUUUACCAUGCUUGAAUAAUGGCGUAUGCAAAGAUAUGGUUAACAUGUAUAACUGUUCAUGUCAGUCUGGUUAUAAAGGCGUUCAUUGUGAAAUGAAUGUUGAUGAAUGUGCAUCAAAUCCAUGCCAAUAUAACGGAACUUGUAUUGAUUUAAUUAACCGUUAUAACUGCACAUGUACAGCUGGCUAUACAGAUACCAAUUGUGAAACCAAUAUCAAUGAAUGUACCAGUAAUCCAUGUUUCCAAGGAUCGUGUAAUGAUUUAGUCAAUGGUUACAAUUGUAGCUGUUCAGCCGGUUAUACUGGUACCCACUGUAAUAGCAAUAUUAAUGAGUGUUUAUCAUCUCCAUGUAAAAAUGGUGGGCAGUGCAUCGAUGGUAUAAAUAGUUAUUCAUGUAAUUGCACAUCAACUGGUUUCAAUGGAACUCAUUGUGAAACAAAUAUUGACGAAUGUUCUUCAUCUCCAUGCAUCAAUGGAGGCUCAUGUAUAGACCAGAUCGCUUCCUAUAGCUGUAACUGUGCAUCCGGUUACAACGGCACGACAUGCCAAAUAAACGUUAAUGAAUGCUUAUCAAAUCCAUGCCAGAAUGGCGGAACUUGUCAAGAUGGAAUAAACGAUGCUAUCAACAGUUAUAGCUGUUCAUGUGCCAGCGGCUAUACGGAUGUAAACUGUGAAACUAACAUCAAUGAAUGUGCUAGUGGCCCAUGCAAUCAUAAUGGCACCUGCCAAGAUGAAGUUAAUUCAUAUCAAUGCUAUUGCAUUGCUGGUUAUAACGGUACCAAUUGCGAAAAUAAUAUCAAUGAUUGCGCUGCAACACCAUGCAGUCAUGGCGGUACUUGUACAGACCAAAUCAAUGAUUUCAGUUGCAAUUGCAUUGCUGGUUACACCGGUAAAACUUGCCAGUCUGAUAUCGCAGAAUGCUCUAGUGAUCCAUGCCAACAUGGUAGUACCUGCAAUGAACAGAUUAAUAGCUAUUCUUGUAGUUGUGCUAAUGGAUAUACUGGUACGCAUUGUGAACAAGAUAUUAACGAAUGUAGCAGCAACCCAUGCCUUAAUAAUGGGAAGCCAUGCUUACAUGACGGAAAUUGUACUGACUUACGCAAUGGCUAUCAAUGUACUUGUUCUGCUGGUUAUACUGGUACAUCAUGCCAGAUCGAUAUUAAUGAAUGCAGUAGUAACCCUUGCACUAAUGGUGGUGCAUGUACUAACAAUAUUAAUAGCUAUUCAUGUAGCUGUCAAAAUGGAUUUACAGGAAAUCAAUGCCAAACAAAUAUCAACGAAUGUAGCAGCAAUCCUUGCGCUACUGGUGCAUGCAACGAUGGCAUUAAUGAAUAUAACUGUACUUGUCCUGCUGGCUAUCAAGGUAGCCGAUGUGAAGUUAAUAUUAAUGAAUGUACAUCUUCUCCUUGUCAACACGGUGGAACAUGCAAUGACCAAGUGAACGGUUAUACCUGCCAAUGUAAUGGCUACACUGGAACUCACUGUGAAACAGAAAUCAAUGAAUGCAGUAGCUCACCUUGUACUAGUGGAGGAGUUUGUGUAGACAGAAUCGGAUCUUAUUCCUUUAGCAAUUACUCCUGCAGUUGCAAUCCUGGUUAUACCGGCAAAAGCUGUGAAACUAACAUUGAUGAAUGCCAAAGUGGUCCAUGUCAAAACGGCGGAUCAUGUCUUAAUAAUGUUAACCAAUAUCAAUGUGUAUGUGCUAGAGGAUUUACUGGUUCCAGCUGUGGAGUUAACAUCGAUGAAUGCCAAAGUAAUCAGUGCGCAUCCGGAAGUACUUGUGUAGAUAAAGUUGAUGGAUAUAGUUGCAGUUGCCUACCUGGUUAUACUGGUACAUUUUGUACGGUAGACAUAAAUGAUUGUGAGCCGAAUUCUUGUGCUAAUAAUGGUCAAUGUGUUGAUCAAGUAAAUGGAUACAAGUGUAAUUGCGGGUCUGGUUAUACGGGCACUAAUUGUACAGUUAAUAUUGAUGAGUGUCAAAGCCAGCCGUGCCAAAAUAACGGGCAAUGUAAUGAUCUAAUUGCGGGAUAUUCCUGCCAGUGUUCAUUCGGAUAUACAGGAACAAAUUGCGAAGUGAACAUUAAUGAAUGUGCUUCUACACCAUGUUUGCACCAAGGAAUAUGUUUGGAUCUGAUCAACAGUUAUUCUUGCAAUUGCAAUAAUACAGGCUAUACUGGCACAAUCUGCGAAACUAAUAUCGAUGAUUGCGCCGGUUCUCUUUGCAAAAAUGGCGCUACCUGCAUUGAUCAAGUCAAUGGCUACACUUGUAAUUGCGGCUUAGGUUAUACUGGUCAAUUAUGUGAUUCUCGAAUCGAUUACUGUAAGGUUUAUGACACUUCUGGAAGUCUCAUAUCCGAAAAUAUUUGUUCACCAAAUGGAGGCUGUAAUGGUCUUAUUGGCGGAUAUGUAUGCAACUGCUCUGCUGGCUAUACUGGUCCGCUAUGUAAGCAACGUAAGUUAUCAAAGUAUAUAGAAUAA